AUGUCUGACAGGGAGAUCCUACCCUGUGAAGGCAUCACAGUCCUUCGGCUCGGUUUCCUCGACCCAGUCCUCACAUUCCUCAAACGCCUCGACCGCACAGACUCUCCUGAAACCCCUUACCUUACAGCCCUAUCAGCAACCCUCCGUAGAAACCAACAGGAGCUCGAGCCAUCCCUCAUGGGGGUCCAUCCUUGUCUCUUCUCUCAGGAACACGACACCGAAGACAGCAAACUCCAUAUGGUCACACUCGCCCGGUCUUGCUGGCAAUUGGUCCUCAACAACCCGCAGCUUCAGGAACUGGAUAUGGGACCCUUUGGGUUCCACGAGGAUACCUUUAUGGUCUCGGGCGAGUUUCUGAAGGCCACUCUCGCGUCACGUCGACGACUGCGGGCGGUCCGAAUCGGCGUUGAAAAGACGGCGGAUUUUUUGGUCAGUCUCCCGACGACGCUGCCGCAUCUGGAGAUGCUCUGGCAUUAUGACAAGUCUCCUGAAGGGUUUGAUGCACUGGUCGAGGUCGUUGCCAAAGCUCACGGAUCAAAAACUGUGGAUGGAGGGAAGGAAAUUAUAGGAGGUGUGUCAAGCGACAGUGAUGGGACUGAAAGGAUGCCGAAUCUUCGACUGCUCGACAUUGUGGCACCAACUCAACCUCGUCACCUGAAAGCCAUCUUUACCAGCUUCCCUAGCCUGGCGAUGCUGUCAAUUGGAAAAAUCAGUCCGGACAACAAUGGCGCCAGACGCGGGAACACGGCUGUGACCGAAGCCGUUCUGGAUAGAACAGUACCAACGUCAGCACAGGAACAAGCACCAUCUCUGCGAGAGCUUCACGUCGCCCGAUGGGACUGUCCCCCAACCAUGCUCAGCAACAUUAACAUCCGCCUCAACUUUGUUACAAGACUCAACCUCCAACUCAUCAGUGGCUACAGAAAUCUCUUCGACCUCCUGCGCACCUUCCCAGUCCUCCAAGAGCUUCAACUCAAAAAAGUCCAUGACCCCGUUGAGGAAGCAGAAGUCAACUACAAAAUCGAGCCAUCCUUCCCGACUCUCAAAUCCAUCCGUCUCGCCAAAGAUGCCUUUCCGACCGCUCAACGCCUCAACGGUCUGCUCUCGAUCCUCCCGAAUCUGGCGGAAGCUAACCUCUACACCGUCUACUCUGAGACCUUGGCGAUCAUUGCUAAACACUGCGCCCAGAUUGAGAUAUUGGAAUUCACGAACGAGUCCGAAAAUGUCUCUCAACUAGGCCUUCUUCUCACCGGUUGCACCAAACUCAAGAGCUGUGUCGGCCCAGGACUUCAAAUCCCAUACACAGACAUCCUCGACACGCCCUGGGUCUGCAGGGGUCUCCAAAAGCUCGACUGUGCAAUCACGGGAACACCUAACCUCACCAAGGACGAACAGACCUCGAUCAAAUACAUUCGGAACGAGUUCUCUCAAAACAUCACCUUCCCGCCCACGUUCGACAUGCCGCGCGUCGCAAAAUGGGAUCCAUCCUAUGCAAACAAGGAUACCUGGGACAUGUGGCAUGCCAAUGAGAAGAGCGCCUUUAGAAAGUACAAUUCUCUUAAGUAUGUCCUCUGUAACGUCUUUGACUGUGUCACAAAGUACACCGACCUCGACACGGUCCAGCAAGAUCGGACGACUCUAUCGUCGUGUACUCAGACGCUAUGGACUUCCUCGAAGCGGGGUCGACCUGUUAGUUCUAUGGGUCGCUCACUCAAGGCAACUUCUCGUGUCCUGUCUGAAGGCCAAGCCCGCUGGGUCCACCUUCCCUCUUAA